AUGCUUUUUCUUAUCAGUUUUGCAUGGCUCGUGGCUGCAAGUUUUGCUUUUUUUCUGGCUAUUUUAACUCCAAAUUGGUUAUCAUUUACAUGGCCAGGUGUAGAUGGAAAUACUAGAGUAGAACGUGGAAUUUUUUAUGUAUGUAAUUCGUCUCAAAUUGAUAAUGAUUAUAAGAUAACACGAUGUUUAUCAAUGAUAGAACAGAAAUCAGUAAUUGAAUCAAAUAUAUGGAUCUACGAAUUUGCUAUUGCAUGUGCAUCAUUGGCUAUUGCUUGUGUUGGACUUAGUAUCAUUGUUUUAUGGUUAUCAGGAAUUUAUUUUCAAGUACGUCGACGAACAAAGGAAACAUUAUGUUUUCUCCUUUGUAUUAUUCUUCUAACUUUAAUCAUCUUUUGUUCUUCAUUUGUCGUUUGGAUUUUACUUAUCUCUGAAACUCUUAAACUUGGUAUUUCAGUUAAUCGUGAUAUAUUUAGUUGGCCAAUGUGGUUAGCAAUUGGCGCAACGGGUGGUUAUUUAAUGUCACUCUUAACAAUGAUUUUUUCAUUCUGUGCGAUAAAAAAACGGAAAAAUAAAAUUAAACAAAAUUACUAUCGUCCAAGAAAUCAAUUUUAA